CGGCUUCGCAAACGCUAAUUACGCUAAAAGUUAAACGUAUGUCAAGUGUUAGACACGUGUACAUUACACACAUACGUUUAUGUAUGUAUGUAUGUAUAUAACGAGCCACAACUUAAAGAAAGCAGUGUAGAAAUUUGCGCGUGGAACAACCGAAUAUCAACAUAAGAGCAUAAGCUGAAAACAACAACGAAAUUUCUUUCAAAAAGAAGCAGUUAUAACUGGAUAACUAAUCUAUCGUUUGAUAAAAAUACGAUCAGAAGAAACCAAAAAUGUCGGACACAUUGAGUCGAGUUAAGCUACAAUUGCGCCCAGUCAACGGCAGCGUUCUCAACGGUAAUGGCGAUGAUAAGUCACCACCUUCACCGGCCACAAAACUACUGAUCAAUCACGGUAAACCGAACUAUACCAUACAGCGUUCACCGAAGGCACAACAAAAUGGCGGCGCCAAUCCGUUAAAUAAUGAAUUACAAAAUAACAACCGCAACAAUUACUAUCCAUACAAAAGUGCCGGUGUUAAGGGCACCACGGGUGUCUUCACCAAUGGCACUGGCAUAAAAACUAAUGGCGCCACGAACAACAACAAUAAUAAUAACAACAACAGCAGCAGUAAUAGCAGUCAGAAUGGCGAUGAAUUGAUCAUACAGAGCACCAAAUUCAAUGGUGUCUUCAAGCCCGCCAACGUACAGCGGUUGGAGAGUACUGAUGAAGCUGAUAACCCAGUUGUGCUGAGGCGUGUACCAAAGCCGGAAGCAACGCCAGCACCGGCUGAGAAUGGCAAUGAUGAAAAUGUGCCCGAGUUUAUACUACGUCAGCGUCGUAUACAAGAGCGUUUAGCUAAGGAGAACAUUCUGGAUUUUGAAAAUCGGCGCAGCGGCUACUUUACACACGUUGUCAUAUCGCCAUCUUCGCCGAAUCGCCAGUCUUUGGUCGAGACCAUGUCUAGUCCACCGAUUGUGCCAUCUUUGGAGAUACCGCCGCCCGCAAAGGAGGCGAGAGAGGCAUCCAUAGCUGAGGAGAAUAAUGCUGAAGUAAGUGCCGCCGUCAAUGAUGAGACACCAGCACAUGAAGAAAGCGUUGCAGUGGCUACCAGUGCACAGGUAGAAGAAGAAGAAGUGGCCAAGGCAAUUGAAGAGGUUAACAAAGCGGUGGCUGGCGAAGUGGACGAUGAAAAACCAGAAGAGCAGGCAGUUGAAGAAACAGUUGCAGUCGCAGCUGACAUUAAAGUGGAUGCUGAAGAGCAAGCCGUUGCGGAGCACAAAAUUGAAGAACAGCAGAGUGUGACACAGGAGGAGAGCAAACCUGAAGUUGAAGAACAGCAGAGUGUAGCACAGGAGGAGAGCAAAAUUGAAGUGGUACAGGCUGAGGAACCAAAAGUCGAAGAACUACAAACGCCUGUUGUAACUAUUGCAGUAACGAGCGCACCUUCAGUUGCAGAAGAAGAGCCAAAAGAGUUGUCCGCUGAAGCAACAGUAGCACCGACAGCUGAUUUGCCAGCUGAGCCACAGAAAGAAGCUGAGGUAGCGGAACCUGCCGAAGUUGCUGUAGUAACAACAAGCGCAGUCGAGUCAGUCGAGGUACCCAAAGAAAACGGCGUUGCUACUGCAGCCGAAACACCAAAAACGAAUGGCCACGCUGAGGAAGAUGUCACCAUUUCACAUACAAAUGGCGUCGCUAACGGCUUAACUAAUGGACAUGCCACACCCAGUCUGCCCACACCCGAUCCCAGUGGUGCUUUGGGUGUUAACUACGAACCAAAGACAGUGGUUUCCUUUUCAAAGGAUUUAGAUGCACCAAACAAGUAUCCCGAUACAGUUAAGGUCACGAAAACAGCGGAAGAUAAUGGCGACAAGAAAACAGCUGCGGACCCGGCUACCGAAGAGCUAAAGGAGUUGGCGAAAUUGAAAUUCGAUAUUAAAGCCGACGAGAACGAUGUACAAGUGACGCCCGUAUUGCGAACCGACUAGAGCGCGUUAGACAGUCGACACAAAAAGUAGGGGAUUUGAGCUGAAAGAGCGCAGUAAUAAGCCAAUCGGGGGUUAUAAAAUAUACCUAUGUACAUACUAUUUAUGUUUGUCCGCACAAACACAGCAUAAACGGGGGGAAACGUCACUUCAAAAUAGGGGAAAAAUAAGUUGCUUUAAAAGUGCCGCAGUAACCGAGAGUCUGUUGGGAUCAUGCUUAAUGAAAGUUGUUGGUAUUAGCAAAAAUUAUGAUUGCCAAGUGUGGGAUAAGUGCAUUAUAGCCAUAAGUGACGACAGUUUUAGCGUACACUGUUCGUUAUUAAAUAAAAUUAUUAUUAUUAUUAUUAUUGUAUUGUAAUUUUUAUUAAAUUGUAACAUUAUAUAAUUUUGUUUUAUAUUAUUUAAGUCAAAAAAGUUGCCAAAUUCAUUUUAUUAUUGUACAAUAAAUUAAAAAUAAAUAUAUACACAAUCGUUUAAGCAUUAAUAGCGUUGGAACGACUGAAAA